AUGUCCAUGCUCGGCUCGUCGUCCAACGUUCUCCGCGCCAACCAGCGCGCGGCCUCGCGCCGCACCAUCUCGUCGUCGGCUCGUGCUGCCCAGGCCGGCCUCAACCGCUACUCCAAGGUCAUCACCCAGCCCAAGGCCCAGGGCGCCUCGCAGGCUAUGCUCUACGCCACUGAGGGUGUCGACUCGAUUGAGGACCUCGCCAAGCCCAUGGUCGGCGUCGCUUCCGUCUGGUACGAGGGUAACCCAUGCAAUGGUCACAUUCUCGCUCUCGGCCAGCGUAUCAAGCAGUCGCUGGUGCGCGCCGGUGUUACUGGCUACCAGUUCGGUACCGUCGGUGUCUCUGACGGUAUCUCGAUGGGUACCGAGGGUAUGCGCUACUCGCUCCAGUCCCGUGACCUCAUUGCCGACCAGGUCGAGACCGCCGCCGGUGGCCACUGGCUCGACGGUAUGGUCGUCGUUCCCGGUUGUGACAAGAACAUGCCCGGUACCCUCAUGGCCCUCGGCCGCCUGAACCGCCCCGGUUUCAUGGUUUACGGCGGUACCAUCCGUCCCGGCCACUGCGGUGGUGGCAGCACUGGCCGCCCCGAGGAGGUUGUUGACAUUGUCUCGGCCUUCCAGUCGUACGGCCGCUUCCUCCAGGAGGGUCAGACCGAGGAGGCCGAGGCUGUCCGUUACGACACCAUCCGUAACGCCUGCCCCGGUUCGGGUGCUUGCGGUGGUAUGUACACUGCCAACACCAUGGCUUCCGCUGCUGAGGCCCUCGGUAUGUCGCUCCCCGGUUCGUCGUCGUUCCCCGCCGAGUACCCCGAGAAGCUCGCCGAGUGUGACGCCGCCGGUGAGGCCAUGGUCAACCUCCUCAACAACAACAUUCUCCCCCGCGACAUUAUGACCCGCGAGGCCUUUGAGAACGCCAUGGUUCUCGUCAUGGCUCUUGGUGGCUCGACCAACGCCGUCCUCCACCUGAUCGCCAUUGCCCACUCGGUCGGCAUCACCCUCACCAUUGACGACUUCCAGUCGGUCUCGGACCGCAUCCCCUUCCUUGCCGACCUCAAGCCCUCGGGCAAGUACGUCUUCGAGGACGUCUACCGCAUUGGUGGUGUCCCCGCGGUCAUGCACUACCUCAUCAAGGAGGGCCUCAUGACUGGCAACCAGCUCACCGUCACCGGCAAGACCCUUGGCGAGAACUGCGCCGAGUGGAUGGACAAGUACGGCCACAAGUGGGACGGCCAGGACGUUAUCCGCCCCGUCAACAACCCCCUCAAGGCCACUGGUCACCUCCGUAUCCUCCGCGGUAACCUUGCCCCCGGCGGUGCCGUCGCCAAGAUCACCGGCAAGGAGGGUCUUGCCUUCUCGGGCAAGGCCCGUGUCUUCAACGACGAGGACUCGUUCGUUGCCGCCCUCGAGAACAACGAGAUCAAGAAGGGCACCAAGACUGUUGUCAUUCUCCGUUACCUCGGCCCCAAGGGUGGCCCCGGCAUGCCCGAGAUGCUCAAGCCCACUGGUCUCAUCAUGGGUGCCGGUCUCGGCUACGACGUCGCGUGCCUCACUGACGGCCGCUUCUCGGGUGGCUCGCACGGCUUCGUUAUCGGCCACGUCGUCCCCGAGGCCCAGGUCGGUGGCCCCAUCGCCCUUAUCGAGGACGGCGACAUGAUCCACAUUGACGCCGAGGCCAACACCCUCAACGUCGACGUCUCGGACGAGGUCCUCGCUGCCCGUCGUGAGAAGUGGGUCGCUCCCCCUCUCAAGGUCAAGCAGGGUACUCUCCUCAAGUACGCCCGCCUCGUCUCGGACGCUAGCCACGGCUGUGUUACCGACCUCUAA